AUGAAGCUUGCUGCGUACAUAAAUCCGGAACAGUUUUUGAGUAACCAGGACCCUCAUCCAGAAAUGAAUACAGGGUCGCUAGAAAUUGCGAAUAAUGAGGAGUCGAACUUUACUGGCUCGAAUGAAGGAGACCUAAAGUUUUGUACUUAUCCAGGACAUUCAUUUUGGAACCAGCCUAUACUUAAGUUCCUAGCAAUAUUUGCAUCAAGCGUUACGGUAUCACAAACUCCUUCGUACGCGCUCUUACCGGAAGCAAGCAGUCAGCGGAAAAGAGAUAUCGCUGAAGGUACUGGCCCAUGGCUCCAUAAUCAGAGGCCGAAUAUCGUCGUGACAGACAGCCGCUUAAAAGACGUCUUCUAUAAGCCUUGGUUUUUAUAUACAAUAGCUGUUGAAGUUCCAAUUACGAGUGAAGCAACGGCAAAAUAA